CACAGUUCCGUACAAAGUACAUGCCUUAAAAGUUUGAAAAUUGACUUCGCAAAAGGGACGCGCAAAGAUUCUUGGGAAAUGGCCGGCUUCCUCCUUUUUCUUCUUCUGUGGUGUGAAACGCGACCCGUGAUCACUGUGAUCUGUUGCCACUGCUGCCAUCUUGUGCCUCAUCGGUACGUUACACGGUUUUCUGCACGUUCCCUGACUUAAAAAAAGUUGAUAAAUUACAGCAACUAAAUUGAACAAAUGAUAAAGCUACGAGAAUUAAGCACAACUCCUGCGGCAUUCGAUUUUUUACGAUGGCGUUUUAACGUCGCUUCCCGUUUCGGAGGCACUGUCUCUUUAAGAGGCGCCAGGGGGCGUGAGAAGCACGUGGGCCAGUGGUGCGUUUGACGGCUCGGUCCACUAACUGUUACGAAUGCAGCAUGCAUGACAUUGUCGCUCUUUUCGGGACACGUUUUCGACUCAGAAGUGGUGGCAUUCUUCUUCGUUUUGUUUUUUACACAACUUUGUCACCCCACGGAGGUUUUACAACAAAAGUGUGAGUCUUGGUGUUCUCAGCCCGGAGCAAGUAGCCAAGUGUAACUUUUUGCAUGAUGUACACUAUCACCAGAGGUCCAAGUAAACUAGUGACCCAGCGGCGUACAGGACCCACGCAGCCGCUCGACAACAAAACAAACGACUUCAAGCACAAGCAGAUGACCUGGAGUUUGCCCGAUCUCCCCGCACCUAAGAUUGUUUUUAACCGCCCCAACGGCAAAAAGUACCACCUGCCCUGCCCGGGCCUGCCCCCGGACCCCCAGCAGGAGGGGGAGUCAUCAGCAGCGGCCCACGAGGACAACGUGAAAUUUGUGUACGAUGCCUGGCAGGAGGCAAUCCAACAGGAGCAAGGCGACGUCCGGGGAACAGGAGAGGAGGGAAACGCUACGGCGGUCCACUACAAAGACGACACUCCAAGCCCUCACAUGGAUGACUUUGUGCCCAUCGAUCUGGACGAGUGGUGGGCGCAGCGCUUCCUUGCCAACAUAGACAAACUUUCCUGACAUCACCCGGGUGGGGGAGUUUCUGGAUCUGGACAAGACGGGUCUGGAGACGGCAGGCCCGAAACGCAGAAAAGGCCCAUUUUGGAGAGGCUCGCAAACGGACACAAAACGGCAGCCUGGAUGCCGGAGCUCAAAGUACAGGCGCUCGCUUUCCCCUCCACUUGAACUGCGGCCAUUUUGAUUUGGCGGCUUCAGAUGUGAAAACGGGAGGAUGUCUCUUGUAUAUGACAUACGUGUAAUGUUACUUUUUUGUGUAAAAAUGUGACCAUGUUUUCCAAGAAGCUGCCAUCUUA